UGAAGUUUCGUUUCUUGUGAAAUCGUCAGACUCUCUGUCUCACUGCAGCAGAAAUGGCAGAAGCGAAUAUUCUGGUAGCGCAUGACCAGUUUAGCUGUUCAGUGUGUCUGGAGAUAUUGAAGGACCCAGUCGCUAUUCCAUGUGGACACAGUUACUGUAUGGGGUGUAUUAAGAACUGCUGGGAUCAGACUGAUCAUGUAGGUGUCUACAGCUGCCCCCAGUGCAGAGAGACCUUUACCCCAAGGCCUGUUCUGCGCAGAAACACCAUGCUGGCUGAAGUUGUGGAGAAAUUAAAGAAGACGGGACUCAAUCCUCCUCCUGCUCAAAGUUAUGCUGGACCUGGAGAUGUGUCGUGUGAUGUCUGCACUGGGAGAAAGUUCAAAGCUGUGAAAUCCUGUUUGACGUGCCUGGCCUCUUACUGUGAAACACACGUCAAGCCACACUAUGAGGGGGCUGCUUUCAAGAGGCACAAGCUGAUCAAUUCAAUAGGAAAUCUGGAGCAGAAGCUUUGUGCUGAACACCAAAAGGUUUUAGACAUCUUCUGUAGAACCGAUCAGACUUGUGUUUGUGUGUUGUGUAUUGACAAGGAACACAAGAGCCAUGAUACAGUCUCAGCUGAGGCAGAAAGAACUGGGAAACAGAAGCAGCUGGGAGAGACACAGACAGAAAUACAACAGAGAAUCCAGGGGAGACUGAAUGAAAUUGAGGAGCUGAAACAGGCUGUCAAGUCACUGAAAAGAUCUGCAUGCAUAGAAAUAAAGGAAAGUGAGAAGAUCUUUACUGAGCUGAUCCGAUCCAUUGAGAAGAUCCACACUGAGGUUAUUGAGCUGAUUGGAGCUAACAAGAAGGCUGCAGUGAAUCAGGCUGAAGGACUUAUGAAAAAACUGAAGCAGGAGAUUGCUGAACUAAGGAGGAGAAACGCUGAGCUGAAACAGCUUUCAGAGACAGAGGAUCACAUCCAUUUUCUACAGAAUUUCAAGUCUCUCUGUGCCCCUCCUGAAGCUGGAGACUUACCCAGCAUUACUGUCAAUACAGACAUCUCUUUUGGGGCUGUGAGGAAAGCUGUAUCUGAACUUAAAGACCAUAUUGAGGAUUUCUGCAAGGUGGAAUUAGUCAAAAUAACCGCAACAGUGAAUGAAACAGCAGUUUAUACCCUGGGGUCUAGGAGCAGUGACAGACAUGUAAACAUGAAUGAAGUUGCAGUUUACAGUCUGCAGUCUCCAGAGCCAAGGAACAGAGCUGAGUUUUUAAAAUAUUCCUGUCAGCUCAAACUGGACCCCAACACAGCGAGUAGUGAGCUCUGCCUGUCUGAAGGGAACAGGAAGGUGACAUGGAGAGAGUCUCAGCGAUAUCCUGAUCACCCAGAGAGAUUUGACAUCCUGUCCCAAGUGCUUUGCAGAAAGGGUUUGUCUGGGACUCGCUGUUACUGGGAGAUUGAGUGGAGUGGAGAAAGUACUUAUAUAGGAGUCACAUAUAAAGGAAUCAGCAGGAAAGGACUUGAUGCUUCCUGUUGCCUUGGAUGCAAUCACAAGUCCUGGACUUUGUACUGCUCUGGUUCCAAUUACACUGCCAAUCACAAUAACAACAGAAUUGCAAUAACUAACCCCCACGUCCCCAGAAUAGGAGUGUAUCUGGACUUUAAUGCUGGCACUCUGUCAUUUUAUGGAAUCUCUGACACAAUGACCCUCCUGCACAGAUUCCAAACCACAUUCACUGAGCCACUCUAUCCUGCAUUUGGACCUGGUUAUGAAACCACUGUAAUAAUCUGCCAGCUGAACUAGACUGUUUUAAGAAAACCUUUGUAUUGAACUCCCUAUCCAGAAUAUCCUAUAUUGCACUUCCAUUGUCUACAUAGGUUUCAAAUAUGCAGUUUCGAACAACGUGAGAUCUGAUGCUACUUCAGGUUAUAAUCAGCUGAGAUUCCUGGGAUUAUUUUGUCAGCUCUGUCCCUAUCAAUGUAAAUAGCAGUUCACAAUACUUGUCAUGUCAAGGGUAUGUCAAUAUAGUUUCUAAGAGAUUCCUGUAUACAGUAGAAUCCUAUUAGCUGAAUAGAGUUCUAACUUGUUGCUGAAGUUUAUGGUAACACUUUAUAUGAAGGUGUCAUUUUGAAAUAAUUUAUUAAAUAGUUUAUUAACACAUUAUAGAUACUUAAAAGAUGAGUUAUAAUGUUUUUAUAAUGCAUUAUAGAACAAGUAAUACAGGGUAGUAACAGCAUUUAUAAUGUGUUAUAAAUACUGAAUAGAUGAUAUAAGAAAUCUGCAAUAAAUGAAAAUAUAAAACUAUAUUAGCUGUAAACAAAUCAGGACAAAUCACAUUAAACACAAAUGAUUUACAC